UCACUAUUUUCUUGGAACGGCUGACGAUCGUGGCGUAGUUUGUAGAAUUUUUGAUAAAAUAUUAAAAUAGACAGACUGAUAAUUAGCGAUAUACAAAGAUGAAGAAAGUGGUAUUUAUCUGUUUAUUAUCUCUUUCUGUGUGCCUGAGCGCGCCUACUAACACACCAGCGGCACCAGCUCAGACAUCAUCACAAAAUGUACCAGCAACGCCACCAAAGCUUGCAGACGCAUCAGCCCCAGCGGGAACAACCCCGGCGAACUCGUCGACAAACACGGCCGCUGCGGAUCACGCGGCGCCCGUGGUCCCUGCGGGAUCACCACCCGCUACCGCUGAAGUGAAGCCUUCUUCAGCCUCCAAGCCAGCCAAUGAAACAGCAGCAGCUAAAAACGAAUCUCAAACCACCCCGGCAGCAGGCGAAAAACCAGCCGACAACAAGCCAGCUGACAAUAACAAUGUCCCUGGCAAGAAGGAUGAUAAACCCAAAGAUGGAGGCAAAGUUGACCCUAACGCGGGUGGGAAACCCGACGCCGAUGCUAAGCCGAGCACUGAUAAGCCUGCACCUGUACCCGCCAGCACGCCUGCGGAACACGAUAAGAAGGAGCAGACAACUCCAAAACCGGAAACUCCAACCAAACCCACUGAAGCUCCGUCAAAGGAAGGCGAGAAGCCGACGGUACAGGCUAGAGGAUUUGACGGCCCCAGCUUCAUUGGAGGCAUCAUCCUGACACUCGGACUCCUCGCCAUCGGCUUCAUGGGAUUCAAAUAUUACAAAAACCAAACUGAAAGGAACUACCACACUCUUUAAAUAUUUAAGUCUAAUCGUAAAAUGUAAGUGCACCUCGAAGUUUUAUCUAUUUUGUUUUGCUUAGAGAAUUAUUAUUUUGUUUCCUUUUAGUUUUGAGUGCACUUGACAUUCCUAUGUCUAUAUUUUAAGCAGGGUUUCAGUUUGUAAAUUUAUACUCUGAGAAUUUAGGUAAAGGUGGCUGGUCAUAUAGCUAACUUCUCGAAUUUAUAAAUGUAAAUUAUUUUUAUAUGCUACUAAAUAACAUGUAAAUUGAAACCAUCUAGUUUGGUUAUCUGGCAUUUAUCUCACUAAUUUUGCAUGUUUACUUAGUCAAUCUUAGACUUGUGUGUGAUUGCACACCUAUACCGUGUUGAUAUUGUAAAGUUUAAAAAUUCAAAAAUUGUGAUUUGGAAACAUUGAAACUGAUAUAUCAAUGAGUAGAAAAAAAUAUAAAGUAUUAAAAUUUGACAAUGUUUUGAGAUUUAUAUCAGAAGUUAGGGAUAUUUUGAGUGCAAUUUAGUGUUAGUGGUUCUCAGUUUUCACUAAACCUGUGCCAUGUUGCUGUGUCUUUUCAGGAUUUCUAAAGCAACCACCUUUCUUUCAAUAGCAGCUGGCUUUGAAUCACUGGAACUUGUAAUGUUUAUAGUUAUUAAGUAUAUUACUAUUUUUAAGUGUUACUGAUAAGGAAACACAUUGUGAUGAUGAAAAUAAGGGUCUAAAGUAGUACCUGUAUUGGUUUGGCACAAUCAAGUUUGCAUUGAAUCUCGAUGUUAGUCAAAAUUGAUGAUAAUAUUGCACUCACUUAGCUCUCGCUAUAAGUUUGCAAUAGUUUAAAUUGAAUGAUAUUUUCGAAUUUCCAAUAGAUCUCAGUAGAUAAGAAUCUCAAUUCUCAAUAGGGACUUUAUUGUGCCAAGCCAAUUUCAUAUUGUUUUUUUUUUUUUAUUUUUGUGAUUUAGCACGCUCUAAGUAAACUGGGAAAAGCUGAUUCCAUCCUAAAGUGCUCUUAAAUCUGAACUAUAUAUGGAUAGAUAUUCGGAAGGUUUACAUUAAGAUUCUCCUGUCAUCCUUUAAUACUGCUACUUACUCAUGUCACAGUCAAUAGAUACGUUAAUAAAGGUGUAUACCAAAACAAA